CGCGGGUGUAAACACACGCGGGGGAAGGAAGCGGCCUUGCUAAAGCAGUGCGCUGAAGUGAAGAUAUAAAAGUCCUACUUGGCCUUUAACAGAUUAUUUAUCAUUAAAGAAAACAUUUUAAAAUUCAUUUCAGUUGGUUUCAGGCUGAAGUGGAAGGCCAGUAGCAGCACUUAGCUGGAGUGAAUUAGCUUAGCACACCCAGGCAGCUGAAGCUGCUCUGGCUGGCCAUGUGGUCCAAUUCAACCAAAGCAAAAGUGACUUAAUGACUGGGGUUGUGGCGAUUUAUUGAAUUUGCGUUUGCAUUAUCUGCAAACACCGGGAUGGUGAGGCCACAUUCGUGCUGAAGCACCGAUGGUAAACUGCAAGCGAUGUGAUGGACCGGGAGAACCGCGCUGGAGAACGUGGCGUAGAAACGCUACGGAAUGGAAACGCAGCUGCGGAGAGGAGGGAAGAGGACGGCGCUCGGACUGAGAGUGACCGGGACCCGGACACGGAGCGCCGUAUCAGCAUCAGCUUUUGCGGAGGCGCGCCUUUCCUCUGGAGAGCGGGCGACAUUAAGAGAGCCAGGGAGGAGGACGGCGUGGUUGGGGCGCUGGUGGGCUGUCUGGCCAGGCAGCCGAGGCAGAAUGUGCGGUUAGGUAGACCGCUGGAGGUCCUUCAGGAGGAAGCCUGUCUGCUGCUGGAGAGACGGAGAGCUGCUGCUGUUCAACAUAAAGACAACCAGAAAAAUGAAGGAAGCCGUUUGAAGGCUGUUCAGGUGUACCAGGCCAGACUAGAGCGCAGUUAUGAGGAGCAGUGCCAUCUGGCCCUAGAGGACAAGAAGGCAGUACUGCAGAGAGUAAUGAAUGAGGAACAGAAUGAUCACUCGGGUAAUGGGGGCACAGAGCAGGCAGUGAGAGAGCGUCUCAGCUCCCUGGAGAAAAACUUUUGUUUCCCCCGUUCUGCCAUGGCAGUCCAGCUCUGCACUGCCCGCGCUGGCUUUGGUCACUGCCCUGAAGAAUUCAGCUUCCUGUCUACUGAUUGGCCAAUGCCCAGAGACGAGCGCUCGGAGACAAGGUUCCGGGUGUACAGGGACCUGAGGAGGAAGGGUUUCUACCUAACUUCAGCGGGGAAGUUUGGGGGAGACUAUCUGGUGUAUCCAGGUGAUCCACUCCGUUUCCAUUCCCACUUCAUUGCGUUGUGCCUGUCUAUGGAUGAACAGUCACCGCUCUGCGAUAUUCUUGCUAUAGCACGGCUGGGUUCCAAUGUGAAGAAAACGGUGCUGCUUUGCUCCCCACGAGAUCUCAGUGAUGGUGAAGUGGAGGGGGAGGUUGUAUAUUCUUCUCUUCAGUGGAGUGGAAUGGUAUAGCAGAGCCUUUCAGCCAUUCACCCCAUCCUGCAAGCUCAGUUCAUAUUAAUAAAACUAUUAAAUU